AUGAGGCCUUUGCAGUCUGCUUGUGCCCUUACCAUAUUCUCAUCCCUUAUCGUAAACUUGUUGGCCAUGUCUCAAGGUGCGGGUCAAGCAGCGACCGUGUCGCUCAGAAACUCUGUUGGCUCCAAGUUGGAAGUUGCGAAGCACGGGGCACACGUACUCACAUGGUCCCCUGGUGUCAACGAAGAGUCUGUGCUAUUUGUCAGCCCUGCAGCAAAGUUCGGCCCGCAGGAUGCGAUCCGUGGAGGGAUUCCCAUCUGCUUCCCUCAGUUUGGUCCGAGAGGAGCCCUCGAGCAGCACGGGUUUUGCCGCAAGAACAACGACUGGGCGAUCGCCAAGCAAGACGAGAAAUCCGUUGAGUUUGAACUCAAGGACUCGGAAAGCACUCGGGCUUCUGCCUGGCCUCACACGUUCCAAGUCAACUAUCUGGUCGAGUUGACAGACGAAGGAAAUCUUGCAACGAAGAUGAAAGUGAAGAACACUGGCAGUGAACAAUUCACCUUUACCUGUGCUCUUCACACUUAUUUUGGUGUGGGCGACAUUUCAAGCACGAGCGUUGAGGGCCUAAGAGGAUGCGAGUACGAGGAUAGCCUGCAGGGAGGGAAAGUGUUACAAGAACAAGAGGACGCCAUCCGGUUCGAAGGGGAGGUCGACCGCGUGUACGGGCCAACCCCUCAAGGUGACGAGAGUGGAGAGGACGGCGAGGGGACAGCGGAGAUCGAGAUCAAGGAUCAGUCGCACAAGAGGAGGAUCUGCAUCUUCAAGUCCUCCAGUUUCCCCGAUGCUGUGGUGUGGAAUCCCUGGAUCGAGAAGUCGCAGAAGAUGGCCGAUCUACCUGACGACGCUUACAAGAGGUUUGUCUGUGUUGAAGUCGGAGCCAUCCGUCAGCCUGUUAGCCUGCAACCGCAACAAGAGUGGGAGGCAUCCCAGGCCAUCAGCGUCAAGUCAUGA